AUGUUAUGUAAUGAUUUCGAUCCUGUACAGUCAAGCAAAAGCGACAACUAUUGCGGAUUCCCUUCCACAAGCAAUGAAAUGCUUGUUGAAUUGGAGGGCGUUAAACUCGAUGUAACAAUUACUGAGAAAGAUAUUCGUGAUAACAAACAUAGCAUUAAAAACGUGGAAGAUUGCCUUGAUAAAGUAGUUG